UAUUCCAUAUAUAUUUAACAUACGUAUAUCUUAAACUAUCUUUUCGUGUGCGUUCACGAGACCUUCGGUCGAAGCUUGAGUAGGUCACGGUAUCCGUGACGACGUCCUCGAACUGUUUCCCCUGUAUAGCCUAACAAUGAGUUUCGAUUCCUGCCCAUAGCCCAACAAUGACUUCGAUUUGCCCCAACUCGAGCCAGUGCAAAGUAUCCUCCACCGCCAACCGGUCAUGGUAGAGCCUAAAAGGAAAAGCAUGUUGGACUUUAUGCGAUUAAACAAGCGCUACGACGUCUGCAGGCUGAUCUACCUGGCGAGGAUCGUUCCGUCGCACGAAGAGGACAUCCUCAAGGUGUUCGUCAACUUUGCCAAGGAAGUUUUCCCAGACUCGGUAUCGGGUCUUCUGUUGGUGUAUCCUGGAUACGUCCUCCACCUCGUCGAGUCCUCCGAAGCUGAAGUCUUCAGGGUCUGCUCCAAGUUCCUUGACUCUCAUCCUGAUGUCUUCGGGGCCUCCAGGUGCUUCCCCGUUCAAGUCGAGGUGAGGAAUCGAUUUUUUGCCAGGUGGUAUGCCAGAAGGGUCACUCGAUAUGUACCUUCGUUACCACCUGUACCUGCGCCUCUGAUAAGACAGGUACCCGAUACCUUUGAUAACAUUGCCAGGACCUACGAGGAGACUAUCGUUAAUUUAUACAAAUUUUAUCACGAGUUGAGGAUGACUAGUGUGACCAAUCACAUCCGUUUUAUGGAGAAAUUGGAAUCCCUUUAUGAAGGCCAUCCUUUGUUACCCGAAAAAGCCGUCGUCGACUUUAUUUUAAACAGUCGCUGGGGAGAUAGUUUACAACUUUUAAUAGAAAACUAUCGAAAUCCGACAUUUUAUGACGACGACGAUAUCUGGCCGUUUUCGGAAACGACGUUUCCUCGAAUAGAAUCCCAAGAAAUUGGACAUCGAGAAGAAGAUUCAAAAGCAAUCUCCGAAUCUGAAACGACCGAAAGAUCUGAAAAUAAGACUUCUCCAAAUGAGUAAUAAUUUCUUUCUUUCUUUAAGAGGCAUCGGUACAAAAUAGUUACUUAACUAAUCGUAAGAAGAAAGCGCAAAGAAAUAGAAAUAGAUUUCUAAGGACCAAAGGCUUCAUCGAAAUAAUUUUUUGCUUUUCAUUUAAAAUGUUUUUUUUUAUUUAAAUGUGACAGUGUUUGGUGGGUAACGACAAUUACUGUCAAUAUCCUAAGCAUGGUGUAGAAUG